AUGCCUAUCAAGGUCGUUCACCCGGUCGUCCACCACAAGGCUCUCAAGACCGCCUUCACCGGCGUCGAGCACUCGGCGUCUACGCCGGAGGCUCCCGUAGCCCAGUUUCGCGGCAUCAAGUAUGCCAGCAUCCCUGCUCGCUUUCGCCAGUCCAGACUAUGCACCUCCUAUCCCACUCACGUCGACGCGACGAAAUAUGGUCCAAUAUGCCCUCAGGUUCACGUAAAGGGCGCCGAGGCAGACAUGUUCGGCCUCACAGAGGAUCAAGUUCCUCAACAAAACUUCAAGCAGCACGAGUUCGAGUGUCUCAACCUGAUAAUCACCUGUCCAGGCGACAUCGACUCCAGCUCGCGAUACCCCGUAAUGAUAUGGAUUCAUGGGGGCGGCAAUACCGGCACCGGCUCAAGCUGGGUGUACGACGGCGGCGCCCUCGUCCGCAAAAGCAUUCUCAUGGGCAAGCCUAUGGUCCUAGUAACCUUCAACUAUCGAUUAGGUAUUUUAGGGUUUGCCGCCGGGUCCAGUCUGCAAGAAGACAACCUUGAGGCAGGUGACGAGGGAGUGGGCAACUACGGCCUCAGGGACCAGCGCAGAGCUAUGGAAUGGGUGCACCGGUACAUCACCGAGUUCGGCGGCGACCCCAGCAACGUGACGCUGUUCGGCGAGUCCACCGGGGCUGCUGACAUCCUCUGCCAUAUGCUGUCCGCCAAGAACGAGGUGCACCCUCUGUUCCACCGCGCCAUCGUGCAGAGCGCGAUCGUGGACCACAAUGUCCCGGACGUGCAUACUGCCGGCUGGCACCUGUCCAGGAUGAUGUCCGCGCUGGGCGUUCGCUCGCUGGAGCAGCUGCGCGCUGUCGAUGUGGAGAAGCUCGUCGUCCUCGGCCACCACCAUCACCUGCGUGCGACAGAUGACGGUGUCUUCUUCCGCAAAGGCUGGAAGGAACUCCUCUUCCCAGAGCACCACCACCACCAUGCCGAAUCGCACGCCCAUGUUGAGAAGCACGCGCCAAAGCUUCCCCAUUCCGACUCGCACCACCACGUCCCUGGCGUGCACCACCACCACCACGCCCCUUCGCUGCAACCCAUGAUUAUCGGCGACAUCUACUCCUCGUCGCACCUCUACUCUCUGCCCGCUUCGCUAUGGACGCCCGACGGCGUCACCCGGCGCAUCCGCGCCAUCUGCCAGUCACUCUCCAAAGCCUCCGCGCUCAUGCGCGCCUACGACAUCCACGCGCACACCGACCCCGAGGACCUGCCCGACAAGGUCCUCGAGCUCAUCACCGACGCGCGGCUCGCGUGGCCGACGGAGUGCGUCGCGAACGGCGUCAGGCGCGCGCGCGGAGGGCGCGGAGUGUACCGCUACGUCUUCGACCAGGAGGGCCCCGGGCGCGGGCCCGUCGACCUCGCGUACGUGUUCGACAAUGUGCCGAUGCCCGCGGCGAUGUCCUCGCCGGACCUGUACCCCAGCUCGUUCUCCGAUUCGGACGACGAGGACGAGGACGUCGAGAUGAUGUCCGCGUCGGCGAGCUCGGGCUCGGGCUCGUACGACGACCCCGACUGGGGGAUGUCGGUUGUGGACGAGUACUCGUACGCGCGCGUGCGCGACGCGGUGCAGGAGCGCUGGAUCGCGUUCGCGUACGGCGAGGCGCCGUGGAACGAGGACAAUGUCUUCGUCUUCGGGCCGGAGGGCGAGACGGGUGAGCGCUCGUGGUGUAUCUUCGAGGGCCGCCGGAGGCGGCAGACCUGGCGGGAGGCGCUAGAGCCGCUCGGGAUGUCGCUCGUCCAGAAGGUCGGGUUGGAGCUCAGUAAUGGCCCGCCUCUGGGUAUGAAGCAUCCGCUCUGA